AUGUCUCUUUCUUUGUUCAAUAGUAUUCUUCUCUUAUUCUCUUUGUUAUUAGCAUCCCCUACCUCCCAGCUACAACUACACGAGAAGCACCACCACCAACGCCAUGGUAGCGGCUUAAAAUCACUCCGAUUCACACUAUACGUACACGAAACAUUCAACAAGACGGCCUACUUCAUAGUAAAAGGUGUCACGGGGUCAAGUGGUAUAACCACAACAUCCAACCCCUUUGGCUCUCUUUUUGCCUUCAAUGACCCUCUUAACGAAACACCCGAUCCAUCCUCCAAGGUCAUUGGCUACACGGAGGGCUCCUCGGUCACUUCGAGUUUUGAUGGAGAGCGCACCACAGGCAUUUCAAGGAUUACAUUGAACUUGAAAGGCUACAAAGGUGAACUCUUGAAUGUUGGUACUGCUCAUUACACCCAAGUUUCGGAACUUCCUUUUAUUGGUGGGACAGGAGAUUUUAGAUUUGUACAAGGUUACAUGACCACUUCAGUUGUUGAUCUAAGUGCUCCCACAACUUGUUACAAGCUUGACUUUAAUCUCUUUUGGCCUCCUUAUGCAGCUCUAGCGCACUACUAG